AUGGCCGCUGUUGCUGCAGGAUUCACGAAUUUAGGAGCCAAAACCAACUGCAGGAUCGAAUUGCACGAUCUCCGCUACAACCUCGAUACUCCGCUUGAUCGACCGAGUUGCUCGCAGCCAACCUUAAAUCUGCGAAGGAGGCCAUCAAAAAUUUCCACCUCUAUCCGCUGUGUUUCCGGGACGGUGAACACUCCAGCCUUCGUUCCGCCGGGGAGCCCCUCUCCUUCUCCCUACCAGCCGAUCACCCUUCCUUUGAAACCCGCAACCACCGAUUCCCCCUGCAAGAGUCCAAAGGCUGCCUUUGCUCGCCAGCGCCGGCAAGCGAGUCCCAAGUGGAACCUCGCUCAGCAGGUCGCGUCCGCCGCUCUGGACACCUGCGAGGAUGUCUUCAUACGCGGCAUGCUGGAGGCGCAGCAUGCCCUCCCAAAGACCACGGACCCUGCAGUCCAGAUAUCUGGCAACUUCGCCCCCGUAUGUGAGCUGCCCGUCCGCCACAACCUCCCAGUGGAAGGGCGCAUUCCCCCUUUCAUCAGUGGAGUCUACGUCCGGAACGGCGCAAACCCGCUCUUCGAACCUGUUGCGGGGCAUCACCUCUUCGACGGCGACGGCAUGGUACAUGCCGUCACCAUGCGCAAUGGCAACGCCAGCUACGCCUGCCGGUUCACAGAGACCGAACGCCUUAUGCAGGAGCGCGCCAUCGGGAGGCCGGUCUUCCCCAAGGCCAUUGGGGAGCUCCACGGGCACUCGGGCAUUGCCCGCCUUCUCCUCUUUUACACCCGCGGCCUCUUCGGGCUCAUCGACCACAGCCGCGGAAUGGGCGUUGCCAACGCUGGCCUUGUCUACUUCAACAACCGCCUUUUGGCCAUGUCGGAAGACGAUCUCCCCUACCACAUCCAAGUGAAAGCUUCCGGAGACCUCGAAACCGUCGGCAGGUACGACUUUGGGGGCCAGCUCAAGUACCCCAUGAUCGCCCACCCCAAGGUCGACCCUGUCUCCCGGGAGCUUUUUGCACUCAGCUACGACGUCCUCCGAAGACCCUAUCUCCGUUACUUCUGGCUCUCUUCCGACGGCCAGAUGUCCACAGAUUUGGAGAUACCCCUGGAUCAGCCGACGAUGAUCCACGACUUCGCCAUUACCGAGAACUUUGUCGUGAUUCCCGAUCAGCAGAUCGUCUUCAAAAUGCAGGAGAUGCUCCGCGGAGGCUCCCCAGUUGUCUUCGACAAGAACAAGACCUCCCGCUUCGGCGUCCUCCCCAAGUACGCCACAGAUGCGUCCGAACUGAAAUGGGUUGAGGUUCCUGAGUGCUUCUGCUUCCACGUGUGGAACGCUUGGGAGGAGCCAACCACCGGCGAGAUCGUCGUCAUCGGCUCCUGCAUGACUCCCCCGGACUCGGUGUUCAACGAGAGUGCUGAGAGCCUGAGCAGCGUCCUCACGGAGAUCAGACUCGACCCGGCAUCCGGCAAAUCCACGCGACGCCCCAUCAUUCCGCCGUCGGAGAAGAAGAUGAACCUAGAAGCCGGGAUGGUCAACAGAAACAAGCUGGGAAGGAAGACGAAAUACGCCUACCUUUCCAUCGCCGAGCCGUGGCCCAAGGUCUCCGGGUUUGCCAAGGUUGACCUCGAGUCCGGGGAAGUGCGCAAGUUCAUCUACGGCGAAGGUCGCUACGGCAGCGAGCCCUGCUUCGUGCCGCGCAUAGAGAGCUCCUCAAAGCCUGCUAGAGAAGACGACGGGUACAUCCUCACUUUCAUGCACGACGAGGAGACGGGGGAGUCGAAGCUGCUCAUCGUCAACGCCACGGACAUGCUGUUGGAGGCCUCCAUCAAGCUACCUUCCAGGGUUCCGUACGGCUUCCAUGGGACCUUCAUCAGCUCCUGCGACCUGGACUCGCAGGCGUGA